AUGAAUAAAAGUCUUAUUUUGCUUUUAGUUGUACUUUCAGCUUCUUGCCUUGCUAGUGACUCUGUCUAUAGUUGCAAACUUCUUCCUAAGCACGAUAACCAUACUAUUGGAUGUAUGCCUCACUAUCCUCACUUAGAGCUUGGUCAUGCUUAUCAAAAUAACUACAACAGAAGUGUCUUGAAUACCACUGAAUUCUAAAAUUUAGAUCAAUUCGCUCUUACUUACUUUACUGAUAAUAAGUGCUUGUAUUAUCAAGAUUUCACAAUUGACAUCUUCCCCGUUAAUAAGGCUCCUGGUAUGAUAUUCUUUGAAAACUUUACAGAUGCCUAUGAUGGAACUACUUGCAAUGUUAUUAAGUUCAAACCUAGUAGUGAUGACUUGAAGCUUUCUUACAAGAUUUCUUCUGACUAAUUCACUUGCAGAAAACACAAGAUGAUUCAUCCUCGUAUCUUUGAAGAAGAAGGUGAAUCUUACAAAAUGUGCUUCUUCAACAAUGUUAAUUAUUUGGAUAACAGUAUUGAUUGCAACAUUGCUCAAAUUUUCCAUUACAGUGCUAAAUAAUUAUUCUCCUUCUUUAAAAAUUCUUCCUUCUAAGGAUUCAUUGUUGACCAUGCUGUCCAUGCUAUCAGCAACCUCGGAGAUUAAGAUUGGGACUUCCCUCCUUUUGGUGCUAAGCAAUGGUACUUCAACUUUAAUUACAUGUUCUAAAUGACUUUAGACAUUUUUGAAGAAAGCACUAUUAAGGAUAUCUUUACAAACUUUUAAAACGUCUUGCCAGUUGUUUAAAACUAUAGAAAAACUCUCCGUCCUUGGUUUGUUGGUAUGGCUUCCUAAUCACCUUACCAAUUAGAUGAAACAGGAAAAAUUUUGAUCAACGAAGCUAAAUAUGGAGCAAUUUAUGACAAUUUGAAGGCCAACAAAUUUGAUGCUCUCAUUACUUCCCAUCCUAAUUUGAACGAAGUUAAGGUUUUCGUCAGUAAAGAUUACAGAACUUUCUUCGAAUUCGAAGUAACCCAUAGCACUAUUUAACUUAAAUAGUUUGAAGGUUUUGUAGUUGUCUAUCUUCCCACCUACUUAGAUACUCCUGCUAUCCUUAAGACAUCUUUUAACUCCUUUAAGUUAUACUUAGAAGAUGAAAAGAUUCUCCAAAUUAAUAACUGUUGA